AUGAGUGUUUCACCAAGUACCCUGUACACCCAAGGAAAUCAUAUCGACUUCAGGAAAAAAAUCUUUCAAAAAUGCAAGUAUACUCAAAAAACAGAGUCGCAUGAUGUAGAAAAUAAAUCCUCAACACCAUGUCCAGAAUGUAAUCAGUCAUUCUUUGGCAAAUGGUGUCUACUAUGUGAAUCCACUCGCACACGUCCGAAAAGUUUAGAAUUAACAAGUGGUGAUUCUGAGCUCGAUAAAUAUAUUCAACAAAUUCAAUCAAGCGCUAAAAAUUGCGAACAGUUUAUUGAAUGGAUCCCUUUUGAAAAAUUUAGUGAUAUUAAAGAGAUUAGUAAGAGUGGAUCUGGAAAAGUUUCUGAAGCUUUAUGGAAUGAAGGUCCUCCUUUACGAUAUCGAAUUUCUAUAAAUUUCAAAGAUAUGGGGAAAAAAUAUAUUUUGAAGAGAGCGGGUCCAGUACGUGUUGCUUUAAAGGAGCUUUGUAUUCGAAAAGAUAACAGUUUAUCUGAG